GGCCGUGCCGUGCCGGGACAGGCGGGCAGCGCGGCGGCGCGGCAGGAGGCGAGGGAGCGGCGCCGGGCCGGGGCCGCCCUGCCCCGGGGUCGCCGGGCAGGUGUCGGGGCGCCGGGUCCCCCCGUGCGGCCGAGGUCUGUGAGCUGUGCUAUAUAUGAUCCUUAAGCGUUCCCUCUUUUGUUAUUUCCAACUGGUGUGUCUGGCUCUGCUGAGGUUAUAAUGGAGUGCAGUGACUUCGCUUUGGACUAGGCAGUGUGCUGGCCGUGGUGGGAAGGAGACAUCGUUCUCAGCAGAGUGGGGAUCCUGACAACAGGCAUACCUGGACAGCCACAGACACUCCCCACCACUUCAUCCAUCAACCUUUCUGUGGGGUUAGCUGCAGUGAGUUCACACCAAACAUCCUGCCUUGACUGUGCUCUUGGUAGCUGGAGCCCAAAAAAUCCAUUCCUGUGAGAUCUGAUGGGGCUUGCUUUGGAUCUGCAACCCCACUCCAGCAUGGCCUCAGGUGUUGCAGGGGGCUGCAGCAGGCAGCAGAGCCAAGGUCUGGGAAGCCGAUCGGGUCCAGGGCUGCUUCUGUGAGGGGAUGCACAGGGACAGCGAUGCCCAUCACGCAGGACAACGCAGGGGUCUACCUCCCCCUCCUGUGCCAGUGGCUGCAGAACAGCCGUCGGGAGGGGGCUGAGGGCGCCGAGCAGCAGCUCUGCCGCUCAGCUGUACAGAAGCUGAGUGAGUACAUCCAGCUCAACUUCUCUGUGGAUGAGAGCAAAAUGCAGCCAGGCAGCUGCAGCACUUCGGAUACAGAGAUCUGCACCAUGUACCUGGCCCAGGAGAUGCGGAAAAAUGAAGUUCUUGGGUUGAGCUUUGGGAACAUCCCCGCUCUGGGGGACUAUGGGGAGAAGCGUCGGGGAGGGAAGAAGAGGAAGGGGAAUAAGGGACCAGUGCUUGAUGUUGGGUGCAUCUGGGUGACGGACUUGAAGAAAAACAGCCCAGCUGGGAAGUGCGGGAGAGUGCAUCUUAAAGAUGAAAUCCUGUCUUUGAAUGGCCAAUUGAUGGUUGGCGUGGAUGUCACCGGUGCGAGGUAAGGGUGGAAGAGCAGCCACCAGUGGCUGCCUCUCACAGUGUGUGGUGCAGGUUGUGGUUGGUACUGAUUGACGUCUGAGAGCAGAGGUUUUGACCUCUGCUUUCCAGCCCUGAAGAGAGCACUGGGUUCUUUCCUAAGGUCUGUAGAAAAUAAGUAACAAAAGCAAAUCGAUAACUACUCUACACCUGCUCUUGGACAUCCACUAGAAGAUUUUGAGGGGUCAUUGUGUCAAAAAAUAGUACACGGUAAGCACUGGA